GUUUUCGGCUAUAAAAGCACACGGUUUCUGAAGAGAUGACACUUCACCAAGAGCUGCAAACUCAUCAGCGACUCUACUGAACGUCCACUCUACAACCGGCCUAAUCAUGAGCAGAAACUACAUGUCCAAGUUUGACGAGAUGCGUAAGGGAGACUACCUUAUGUCCAACAACCACGAGUGGAAAGCCUGCUUCCAGGAGGAUGGAAACUUUGUGAUCUACGGCUGGAAGCCCAUGUGGAACUCCGACACCGCCGGCCAGCGCGACGCCCACCGCCUGUGUAUGCAGGACGACUGCAACUUUGUCAUGUACAAGAGGGACAACAAGAUGAUGUGGCAGACCAAGUGUUCAGCGUCCGGUGGCUUCAAGAUGUGCCGCAUGUGGCUGCGCAACGAUGGUACCAUGGUGGUGGAGAGGGACGGAGAGGAGGUGUGGUCCUCUGCUCAGUCUAAGGGUUUCAAGCAGUGAGCCGACCCCCUGUAGCUCUACCAGGGAUCAGCUCAUGCUGAUAAUACCCACACUUUUCAUCUGUGCUGCAUGACUGUCU